UUUUCUUUUUACAGAUGAUGAAGAUGAUGAUUCUGUUGAUGAUGACUCCAGUGAUGACAGUGACCUUGACUUAGAGGAUGAAGAGGUAGCCAGUUUGGAGGAAAUCAGAGAAGCUUUAUUCUCCAUGGACAAUGUCCCACCAAAUCCUGGAUCCACCCAGCAAGCAGAUAACAGCAUCUCUCAUACAAAUGAGGAAGCAGCAAUUUCAUUGGGAUAUAACUCCUUCCAAGCAUCCACAGUAGUAAAUCAAAAAUUUGUUGAAAGUUGCUCAAACACAGAGAACUCUUCAGUGACAAAUAUGAAUUCCAGUUCUUCUUCCACACAGGCAUCUUCUGAAGUCCCAAAUUUGCCUCAGUCUGAGACAAUUGAACCAGUUAUGAGAAGUUCAUCCCCAUCCUCAAAUAUUUGUGAAAGUUUAUCCACUCAUGUACAGAAUACAUUGGAUACUCCUGAAGUAAUAGGGCACCAAACAGCAGACAUAAAGACUGAAGAAAUAGGAGAUCAAGCUGUAGACACAAGGACUAAUGUGGCUCAAGCCCCACUGCACUCCACACUGGUAACAAAACAGACUAUUAACUCAGACACAGGAGAAGUAAAUAAAGAGAUUCCACCUGCUUCAAGUGAGAUAUUGAUAAAACAAGAAAGACAGGCUCUAUCUGGUGAGACAAUUAUAAUAGGAGGACAGAAGAUUUCACUUGCUUCGGUUGUACGAGGACAAUGGGUGUCACCUACCUCAGGUGUAGAAGGACAAAGAAGUUUACCUGCCUCAGGUGUGACAAUGAAAACAGAAGAACCACAGGAUUCACUUGAUUCUAGUGGGACACUAUUACCAGGAGGAGGGCAGACAUCAGGUGCCUUAGGUGAAGCAGGAAAGAUAAUUUCACCUGCAUUAAUAUUAGGUGUGCCAUUAGUAACAGAGGGAAAGCAGACUUCACCUUCCAGAGGUGAUUUAAUGGUUAAGGCAGGAAAACAGGCCUCACAAAAUGGACGCCAGCUGGUGAAUAGAUGUCAAAAACAAAGAAAACAGAAAGAUCUGCCUUGUUCCAAGAAAUCCCAAUCCACGGUGUAUAGAGAUCCCCCUGACCGGCCCCCCAGCUCCUUCAUGCUGUGGCUGAACACCAACAGGAAGAUGAUAAGGAAGCAGAACCCGGGACUGGGCACCAUAGAGUUUAGUAGAAAAGCCGGAGAAAUGUGGAAUGCCCUGGAAGACAAAACGAAAUGGAAGAAAAAGGCCGCAAAAUCCAGGAAAGAGUAUGAAAAGAUUAUGAAGGAGUUUAGAGAUCAGAGGGCUGAGAGAAGGAGGGAGGCUGCAGAUGAAGAGAAGAAGGAAUUGUCAAAGAUCUGCAUGGAAUCGGCACUAUCACUGAG